UCUUUUACUUCAGAUGGGAAGAUUAAUAAUUGAUCCUCUCUUUCUUCAUGUCCAAUCUUUGUCUUGCCCCCUACACCCUACUUUUCAUUUUUGUGUGUUUGAUGAAAUUAUAAAGGUGGGCCCGAACCAAGAUCCGCAAAAGGUUCAAUCCCAACUAAGCUAUUUCCAUCACCCAAAAAAAAAGAAAAAAAAAAAUUAAUGGAGGUAGCUAAGUUGAGUAUUGUUUUUCUUAUCUUCUUCAAUAUUGCGACGUUAAUUCCAAGCAUUAAAGCAGACAUUGGGGAAUUCGACGAGGUUUGGCAGAAGCGAGCAGAAGAAGCUUGGAAGAACGCCCUGGAGGCUUACAAUCCCCAUCCCGAAGAAGUCACAGCCAUUGUUAACAACCGUGUCAAUGACGCUCUUGAGGCAAUCAAGAACACAACAGGGGCAACCGUUUCUAUUGAUUUUGAACUUGACGUCAACCGGAGGCACUUGAGAGGGCAGAAGAAACGGUACAAAGGCCCGUGCGUUGCAACCAAUCCGAUCGAUCGGUGCUGGCGUUGCCGGAAGAACUGGGCCAAGAACCGUAAGCGGCUGGCGAAUUGCGCUCUGGGCUUCGGCCACAAAACGGAGGGAGGAAAGAACGGGAGGUAUUACGUGGUGACGGAUAGCUCCGACGACAAUGUUUUGAACCCCAAACCGGGAACCCUCCGGUGGGGCGUGAUCCAGAAGGAGCCACUAUGGAUCAUAUUUGCGGCCAAUAUGAAUAUCAGGUUGACUCAGGAACUGAUUGUCCAGAACAAGAAGACCAUCGACGGUCGCGGCGCUAACGUUCACAUCGCUAACGGCGCCGGAAUUACCAUUCAGUACGUGCGCGACGUUAUCAUCCAUAACAUCCAUAUCCACCACAUUGUUAAAGGCACCGGUGGCAUGAUCCGCGACUCCGUAGAUCAUUACGGCCACCGGACAGCUAGCGACGGCGACGGAAUUUCUAUUUUCGGAUCGACAAAUAUUUGGCUAGAUCACAUUUCGAUGUCGCAGUGCAACGAUGGACUGAUUGAUGCCAUCGCAGGUUCCACCGCCAUCACCAUCUCCAAUUCCCACUUCACCCAUCACAACGAUGUGAUACUCCUCGGGGCGAGCGAUUCCUACUCUAAAGAUUCGAUUAUGCAGGAACACUCUUAAUAAAAAAAAUAUAAACUAUUUUAUAUAAAGUUUUAUACGAUCUAAUUUGAUGUUGACUGCACAACACUCCCUCGAAUAAAUUAUUUGAUAUUAA